AUGUCAACUAGCGGCUUAGAUGCGGAAAAAAUCGAAUCAAAUCAAGAAGAACGAACGGCAAAUGUUCAUCAAGCUGAUUCACUUAAUUUACUCAUUUUUACAACACUUCUUGUUAUUGUUGUUCUAACAAUAUGGAUAUUUAAACGACGAAAUUUUCGUUAUCUACAUGAAACAUGUCUUGCAUUAAUUUAUGGUUUUAUUAUUGGAGCUGUUCUUCGUCAUACAAGUACAUCAAAUACACAACCAAGUGUAUUAAGAUUAAAUCAGACAUCUCUACCGAAGAAUUCAGUACCGACUUUAAUCUCUUUUGAAGAUCAAAAUAUGUCAGCAACAUAUUUAUAUUCAUUUCAAGGACCAUAUCAAAAAAAUAGAAUACCUCUUGAAGAAUAUAAAGCAAUGUUUAAUUCAGAAAUAUUUUUUAAUAUAAUUUUACCACCGAUUAUUUUUCAUGCUGGUUAUAGUAUGAAAAGAAAAAAUUUUUUUCGUAAUCUUGGAGCUAUUUUAAUGUUUGCUCUUAUUGGUACAACAAUUGCUUGUAUAUCAACAGGAAUAAUGAUAUAUGGUUCUGUACGUGCGUUUAGUAGUUUAAGAAGUUAUUUUUCAUUUACGGAUUCACUUUAUUUCGGUGCUAUAAUAUCAGCAACUGAUCCAGUAACAGUAUUAGCGAUUUUUAAUGAUUUAAAUGUUGAUGUCGAUCUUUAUGCAAUUAUAUUUGGUGAAAGUGUACUUAAUGAUGCUGUUUGUAUAGUUCUCGCUCAAUCAAUUGAAAAAUAUGUUGCUGGUGCAAUAUUAGAUAAAUUUGAUCGUGGUCUUAUGUUUAAAUCAUUAAGUAAUUUUUUCGUCGUAUUUAUUGGUUCAUUUGCUAUUGGUUCAGGCAUGGGAUGUCUUACAGCAUUAAUGACUAAAUUUACAUAUAUUCGAGAUUUUCCUCUAUUAGAAACAACACUUUUUGUAUUGAUGUCUUAUAGUACAUUUUUGGCUUCAGAAGCUGCAGGAUUGACAGGUAUUGUGGCUGUACUCUUUUGUGGUAUAUUUCAAGCACAUUAUACAUUCAAUAAUCUCUCUCAAGAAUCUAAACAACGAACACGUGAUUUAUUUGAAUUAUUUAAUUUUCUUGCUGAAAAUUUCAUAUUUAUUUAUAUUGGUAUAACAUUAUUUACAUUUCCAAAUCAUAAAUGGGAUAUUCGAUUUAUUAUAUUAUCUCUUAUGACUAUUGCAUUAGCUCGAAUAUUAUGUGUAGUAUUUUUAUCAUUUUUACUUAAUUUAACUCGUAAAGAUCCAAUUAGUUGGCGUUGGCAAAUGAUGAUUAUAUUUUCUGGUUUACGUGGUGCUUUUGCAUUUGCAUUAGCUAUUCGAAAUGUUUCAACAGAAGCUCGUUCACUUAUGUAUACAACAACAUCAAUUAUUGUUAUAUUAACUGUUAUAUUUAAUGGAACAUUAACAGCACCAGUUUUAAAAUUGCUUAAAAUUCGAGUAAAUGUUAAUGAAGAAAUUGAAAUACCUUCGUCAAAUGAUAGAUAUCGAAUUAUGGAUGAUCAUAAUAAUAAUCAAAAACGUCGUUCAUCAGACGAGAUUGCCUUAUUGAACAAUGAUGAUAACGAUGAUGAUAAUGAUGAAACAGCAAUAACAAUUGAUGUUCGACGGAAUGUAUCAGCAAGAAAAAAGGUUGAAAGAAACACUGAAUCAAAAACAUGGCUUUUAAAAAAAUGGUCUCAUUUUGAUCGAAUAUUUAUGAAACCUCUUCUAACACAUAGUUAUCCUCCAUUAACUGUUACAUUACCUGCAUGUCUUGUACCAAUUACAAAAUUUUUAACAACAAAAGAACAACGUAAUCAGAAUCGAAAUGAAAGAUCAUCACAAAUUGUAAUACCAUCGCUUGAUAAUCAUAAUGAAUUAGUGCUGAAUAGUAAAUAUGAUAAUUCUACAGUUGAAUUGAUUGACAUGGAAGGCAUAUCAUCAAAUGCGCAUGCUUAUUAUCCAGUAGAUUCUAUUCGAAAAUCAAAUCUACAGAAUGAUCAAUUAUUGGAUGUAGAAAUGAAUCCAAAUGUUCCAAUCAAUGAUGAAACAAUUCUUAGAAAAUCUUGA